ACAGAGCAUUCCUGAAAUUAUUAGAUGACUUGGACAAGUAUUGCUUUGCUUGUUUAUGCUUAGAUAUACUUGAUUUUCUUUGCAUUUCAGAAGAUUACAUCUUCCUGUUCAAUUUCCAAGACCUUUACUGAUUUACCUUCCUCUCGAAACAUACCAAGAUUGAAUUUCUGCAUUGUUAAAAAUCUGAAGAUUCAGGCUUCUUCUAAAAAAGAUUUCUUUGAAGGUUCACCUAUCAUUUCAACUAUGGCUGCUAUGUUCAAGAAAAUUGAUCUUCUGCAAGGCUUAUAUCCUAUCAGUGAUGAAAAUUUUGAAAUUAUAAAGUGCUUAUUGCGAAAAGAGUUAACACUGCAAUUUCAAAGGAAAUGCAGAGAAAGAGCCAAAACCACAGGCAACAAAAGUCAGCAGGAUGAAGCCAGCAGUGUUCAAUGUGCACUCAGCACAGAUGAAGAUUCACAACCAGAAUCCAAGAUGGAUGUGCCCAUGAUGAAGUGCUUAUUGCGCCAAGAGUUAGCAUUGCAACGAAACUCAUAUGAAAAAUAUGACAGAAUUCAAUUUGCUGACUUGAUGGCAAAAAAGUUCAAAAUUGAUGCAGGAAUUGGAAAACUGAUAGAAAUAUUCAAAGCGAUACCAGAGCUAGAAGACUGUGCUGCUCUUCUCAGAAAAGAGAAGUCAAAAGUUCAAAGAAAAUACAGAGAAAAGGCCAAAACCUCAGGCGACAAAAGCCAGCAGAAUAAAUCUAGUACUGUUCCAUGCAUGCCCACCAUACAUGAAGAUUUCCAAUCAGAAUCAGAGAUGGAUUUGCUUGUUUCGAAGAAGCCAAGAUGGCAGUGCUCACCCAGCGAACCUUCUGAUGAAUUUGGUUUGCAGCCGGGUCCCAAACAAGUGAUGGUGCUGAAAGUGACGGAAGCAAUUACGUAUAUGAUUGGAGAAGAGAAGAAAAUGAUGUUUCACGCCACAGUGGCCACUGAGCAAAGAUGCAUUCAAGUGAAAGUUUUUGACAUCACAUUUAAGGAUAAAUUCACCCCAAGCAAUGUCAUCAGCAUAUCAAAUUAUGUUGAUAGAGAUGGAUUUCUGGAGAUAUAUAAACAUUCAACAGUGUCUAAUGUGUGUGCUGAUGGAAGGAUAAACAUCUCUCCUGCUCUGAUUAAGCAUGCCAAAGCAACUCCUAAAAUCAGCCAGAUUUGCUCAAAAAGAGAAGGAAAAUAUGUGAAUGGAGUAUAUAGGGUAUGUAAGAAAACAAAAAGGGAAGAAUUCAUUUAUUAUGAAAUACAAGAUAAUACAGGAAAGAUGGAAGUAGUGAUACACGGACGACUGGCAAGUAUCAAUUGUGAAGAAGGUGAUAAACUUAACCUCACUUGCUUUGAAGUGGCUUCUAGUGGGGAUAGCUGCCAGCUGAGAUCCGUCCUUCACAGUCACCUCAGAGUAAGUAUUUCAUGGGACCAGAAUUCUUCCAAUGGGAAACACAUAUUUUUAAUGGGUUUUAGAAGUCUAGACUGUUGCUCUUACAUUAGCUCGACCUGGUGA